UCAACAACACUCAAGUACAGCUUCACAGUGAGAUGGGUAUGUAUCAGAUCUUCAUCACCGCGGUGUUGGUUGGAGCCGUCAGUUUCUUCCCGGAGACGGCAGAAGCGGCCGUGAUGGGACCGUCGAUGCAGAAGCUGACGUGGCAUUACUACAAAGUUUACAACACUUGCGAGAAUGCCGAGAACUUUAUAAGGCACCAAGUUGAGAUAGUUUACAAGAAGGAUAAGAGCAUUGCUCCUAAGCUCCUUCGUCUCCUCUACUCCGACUGCUUCGUCUCCGGAUGCGAUGCAUCGGUUCUUCUAGAAGGUCCGAACUCAGAGAGAAUGGCGCCACAAAACAGAGGACUUGGAGCAUUCGUGAUCAUAGACAAAAUCAAAAUAGUCUUGGAACAAAGAUGUCCCGGUGUUGUCUCUUGCGCCGAUAUUCUUAAUCUUGCAACUCGGGAUGCCGUCCAUUUGGCUGGUGCACCAUCUUAUCCUGUGUUCACCGGCAGAAGAGAUGGCUUGACGUCGGAUAAGCAAAACGUGGACUUACCGUCACCAUCCAUCUCAUGGGACCAAGCCAUGGAUUACUUCAAAUCUAGAGGCUUGAGUGUUCUUGACAUGGCUACACUUCUAGGAUCGCAUACAAUGGGGAGAACACAUUGCAGCUAUGUCGUUGAUCGUCUCUACAAUUACAACAAAACCGGUACACCAAGCCCGACUAUGAACAAGUCUUUCCUGUCUGAAAUGGCAAAGCAAUGUCCACCAAGAACGAGGAAAGGCCAAACCGAUCCACUGGUGUACCUAAACCCGGACUCAGGCUCAAACCACAGCUUCACAAACUCAUACUACUCAAGAAUUCUAUCAAACAAAUCUGUACUUGAAGUAGAUCAACAACUGCUUUACAAUGAUGACACAAAGCAAAUUUCUGAGGAAUUUGCAGCUAGUUUUGAGGAUUUUCGGAAAUCCUUUGCUCUUUCGAUGAGCAAGAUGGGAGCGAUAAAUGUGUUAACUAAAACGGAAGGUGAGAUACGAAGAGAUUGCAGGCGUAUUAACUAAACACAAAAAGCACAGUCUCUCUCUGAUCUCUGUGCUUGCAAGACGAAUAAAAAAUAGAAGGUAUAAACAGGAAACAACAACGGGGAAAAAUAUUGAAAUAUUUAUGUUUCAGAUAUAUAAAUUUGUUGUCAUUUAUUACAUUGUAAUCGCCGUGAAAAAGGCUUCUCUAUAGCUAAAGGAGACCGAUUCUUUUUGUGUUUCUAAAGAGUAAAAAAAUUUGUUUGCUUCUGAUAUUCACAUAAGUAUAAAGGGUAUGCAGUCAAAAUAGUUCCCGCACAAAAGAGAGAGGAGAUUUUAUUUGUCUAACCUCUUUGGUUAUGAGUCUUAGACUCUCAGUUUGUGAAGUACCAAGCGAUUGAAUUGCACAAACUUCUCAAUAUCUUGCUACUUCCAUCCUGCUAGCU